AGAAGAGUUAGAGAAGUGUCUUGUUUACUAUAGAAAAACAGAUGAAGAUUACAAGGUCACAAAGAAAGUCUAUAACAAAGUUAAAGAUCAGCUUCCCAAAGAAGUUUUCAAGAAUGCUAUCUGA